UAUAUUUGUUGUUGUUGCUUCCAAAUUAAUUUAGUUUUUUAAAUGCAACAGUUGCGGAAGUGUGUGAUCCGUGGCUUGGCUCGGAGUCGCCACCAGUCGAGACACGCACACAAUGCCAGCAGCGAUAUCUACGAUGUGGUUGUCAUUGGCGGAGGCCAUGCCGGCACAGAGGCGUGUGCAGCCGCGGCUCGGAUGGGUGCACGCACGUUGCUGCUGACACACAAGCUGGAGACCAUUGGCGAGAUGUCCUGCAAUCCUUCGUUCGGAGGCAUUGGAAAGGGCCACUUGAUGCGAGAGGUCGAUGCUCUGGACGGAGUCUGUGGGCGAUGCUGCGACGUGUCUGGAGUGCACUACAAAGUGCUCAACAAGCGACGCGGGCCAGCGGUGUGGGGACCGCGGGCACAGAUCGAUCGGCAGCUGUACAAGAGAGCUGUCCAGAAGGAACUUCAUAGCACGCAAAACCUAGAGAUCAGAGCGGCGGCUGUGGACAAUAUCCUCAUAGAAGAUGAGCAGCACCAGCACAGACGUUGCACAGGUGUUGUAUUGGCCAAUGGAGAAGUGGUGCGCAGUCAUUCGGUUGUGCUCACAACCGGAACAUUCUUAAGGGCACACAUCAACAUUGGACUGGAGGUGAGGCCGGCUGGACGUAUGGGAGAUGCUCCAGCAAAGGCCUUGGGUGAGGCCAUAGACAGACUGGGCUUCCGCAUGGGGCGCCUAAAGACAGGAACGCCGCCCAGGAUAGCUAAGAGCAGCGUCGACUUCUCCCAACUAGAGAGACACGAGGGAGAUGAUCCCCCGAUGCCAUUUUCAUUUCUCAAUAGCCAUGUGUGGCUACCAGCCCAGGAGCAGUUGCCCUGCCAUCUCACCUACACGACGCCGUUGGUCAACGACAUUGUGCGGAAUAAUCUGCACGUAAAUCGGCACGUUACCGAGGAGAUAACAGGCCCUCGCUAUUGCCCUUCAAUAGAGUCGAAAAUUCUACGAUUUGGCGCAAGAGUUCAUCAAGUAUGGCUAGAGCCGGAAGGCCUGGAUAGUCCCUUGGUGUAUCCACAGGGAAUUUCGUGUACAUUGCCCCAUGAGCAGCAAGUGCAGCUGGUUCACGCCAUCAAGGGUCUGGAGCAUGCCGAGGUGGUGCAACCCGGCUACGGUGUGGAGUACGAUUUCAUAGAUCCCCGUGAACUGUUCCCCACGCUGGAGACAAAGCGUCUGCCUGGUCUCUUCUUUGCGGGGCAGAUAAAUGGAACCACGGGCUACGAGGAGGCAGCUGCCCAGGGAAUUGUGGCUGGUGCUAAUGCGGCGGGCAAAACUCGCCACGCAGAUGGAAGGCAGCUGACAAUUAGUCGAACUGAAGGCUACAUCGGUGUACUAGUGGACGACCUAACUUCGUUGGGCACCAAUGAGCCCUACCGCAUGUUCACUAGUCGGGCAGAGUUCCGACUAUCCCUUCGGCCUGACAACGCCGACAUGCGGCUCACCAAUAAGGGCUAUGAAUAUGGGCUCGUCUCCGAGCAUCGCUUCCGGCACUUUAAGCAAGCGGAAGAAAGACUACAGUCGGGCAUGGAGGCUUUAAGGAAACUUCGAAAGCACAGCAAUUACUGGCGCCAGUCUCUGGACCUACCCACAUCCAAAGCCUCUGUGGAAAAAACCGCCUUUGACAUGCUUGCCAUACCAGCUGACAACAUCACGGUGGAUAAGCUCAUCAAUCUAUUCCCGACGGAACUGACUUGGCUGCGCGACGACAACAACCUGGCCGAGAGGCUGAAGAUAGAGGCCCUGUACUCGUUCUUUGUUGAGGAACAACAACGGGACGUGGAGGAUGUACGACGGGAAGAGCGUCUGGCCAUUCCCGCUGACAUUGAUUACUUUUCCAAGGUGCUGAGCCUCUCGAACGAGGAGCGACAGAAACUGAGCCUCAUUCAGCCACAGACCAUCGCUGCUGCCAGUCGGAUCCAAGGCGUAACCCCCUCUACAAUAGUGAGGAUAAUGAAGUACGUGAAAAAGGCUGACUUGGCCAAGGCAGAGCACAGUAGAGGCUAAUAGUUAAUUAUGUGUUAAUAAACUUACGAAUUAUAUAAGACCCUUCGGUUUUCGGGCUUUUCGGACUAUCCCGAUCAGGAAAAGAUACACCACGCCCAGAUCGGCCGCUAAUUGAGGUCAGCGAGGGGAAUCCUUAGAGCGGUCAUUUCAAGGAAAAGCACAGCAAAUCAAUUGAAUGCUUACAUACAGUUUAUUUCAUAAAAUCAUAAAUGCCUUAGUUUUACUGGUACAUACACAUAGUUUUGUCAAAGGAAAAAUCGACUUGCAUAUGGCAGAAUUGGUAAGGAAUUGUGCUCGGAACAUGUCGGUGUCUUUGGCUGUGGCUGUGUCGUGUCUCCAUCCGUGGGUCUGGUGGAGUGGAGUCCAGUCCCGCUCACUGCAGUUCGGUGUACACCCUGCUUCGAAAACUUGAUCUGAAUAUCGAGUGUUGGCUCUCAAAAGACUGCAGAUUGAGGCUCAUCCGCAAUAAUAUGUUGAGUUUUUGUUUGUUUGGUUUGGUUUUUUUUUUGUCUUUUUUUCAUGUUAUAAUAUCACAGAUUGCUCGAGAUUCAUGCAUUAAAACAUAAUAAAAAUCUAUACGUCACAUAUCAUCUUCAAAUUUAUAGGCAAUCUCAAACGCAAAAACACUUUGGGCAAAGAUUGGAAAACGGAACAAAAACUAUUUUGAUAGGUAUAGAUCCCCUCGAGACAUUCGGUUAGGGUUUAUGCCAUUAGCUACUUACUAUAAACAUCAAUUACAGUGUGGUUAAGAAGUACGCCUCUCUUUGGAGGGACACCUCUCGUAUCCACGUAUCCUCUUUGCUAUCUUGUGUAUUGUGUACAAAAUUAUUCGAAAUAAUCAUAAUAAUAAACGCUAAGGACCAAAGGGUUACAUACAAAAGUUGAUCAAUUUCGAAAAAUAAUUUAAGCCUUUCGCUGCUCAUCCUACUCAUCCCUUCCAGAUUAUCCCAUUUUAGUAUUUGAUUUGUUAUCUAAAUUUCAGUUCCGUUUUUUUUUCCCCCACUUUGUAUUCGAGUUACACAUAUUCCAUACGUUUUUCAUUUUUCGUACUCUCCAAAUCACAAUUAUUAGCAAUUUAAGAAUAAAUUAUAGCUACUCAGUUUGUU